AUGGCCGCCAUAUCAUCAAUGGCGGACCCUCUCACUGUCUUGCCCCCAGAGAUUGUUCUGCAAAUCUUGCACUUCACCCCUGUCUCCUCUCUAGCGUCCCUGACCGCGGCCUCUAAAGCUUGGCACCAAUUUAUCGACGUCACUCACCAAGAUGCCAUUUACGCAUCCGAAGCCAAAACCGCCCAGCCAGUUGGAGGUAGCCGCGAUUUCUCCUUCCUCUCCGAUACCCACAGCUUUGCCAAAUUAUUCGAGGGCACGGAAUCAUGGAAAGACCUGUGUAAGCGCCAGACAUUGCUGGCCCGGAAUUGGGCCGAGCCGCAUCCAGUGAGCCAAGAAUCGGUGCUACAAAUCGGCAAUGAUCCUGUUUGGCGAUUCCGUGCCGACUUCAAGCGCCGCUUUUUUAUCUCUACUUCCCAUGUUGGCGGGUUGAACGUCACUGAUAUGGACACGGGCCGUAUCCUCUGGCAGCUUCCUUCGGUGCUGGCCACCAACGGAGAUGGUGUUCGCCCACACGCACACUUGGAAUAUCAGGAUGGAAUGGCCGUAUUCGACAGUGAAGGUGAUUCGCUAGAGGUUUGGCAGGCGGAUCAUGAAGGUGCGAAGCGUGGGGAGUUCCGACGCAUCGCUACCUUGGCGCAUGAUUGCCAGACGAGAGGGUUCCAAUUGUCCUACUGGACUCUCUGUGUUGUUUCUAACGAGGGUCAGGGCUUUGUAUACGAUAUGACACAGCGACCUCCUAAGUUGACCACACACUUGAAGAUUGAGGGAGGCGGAAUUGGCCAUCUGGACCAAAGCGAAGACAUUGUGAUAUAUUCUAUGGGAGCAAAAGGCUAUUUUGCCUACAACAAGGAGUCUGGAGCGUUCUUAGGCACGUUAAAGCCACCAAAGUCCACAGAAAAAUAUCACAUCCUUCCUCCUAAUGCCACUGCUUCUACGAGGGCAGCACUAGCAGGCGCUGCGCGACUCGGCCCAACACCUCAACCCCUUCCGCCUGGGGCUUUCCGAAAAGACUGUUUGGUACCAAUUGAGAUCGCCAAAGGUCCACUGUCACCACCAGAUGAUCCAGGUCACGUCUGGCAUGGGGAGGAUGAAUGGGGAGCGGGAAUGUUGCACGGCGAUCUCUUCGUGGGCUACUCUCGCGCCGGUCGUGUCUUUAUAUGCCCUGAAUUCCGCAAGGCUCUUCGCGACGAAGCUAGUCUUGUGGCGAACAGCUCCAUCCUGGAAUGCGAAUCAGAUGGGUCAAGCUUUGACCUUGGUGGCUGGUUAUCAAUCCGCAAUCACCGUGUGAUGUUCGAAAUUCAAGACCGAAUUUAUGUCGUCGCCCUUGAUGACAACAACAGGGUUCAAGACGUUGAAAACUCUCCCCGUGCUUCGUACUCGUUGCUCACAAGCUCUGAACCGCAGCUUACUGUGCCCAUAAGUUACAUGGCGUUGGCUGAUGAUGCUAUUAUGACCACUUACACCACUCUUGGCUGGCGUGACUCCAAUGUUCCAGGUGGUGUCCCUCCACCGCAAGGCAGAGAUAUUCCUCGCGUCUUUGCUACAAAAGUCAUCCGCGUACUCAGCCUGGCCCCUAACCUGUCUAACGAAUCCCCCUCUGACUCCGGUGAUACGGAUGAGCCUUCAGCAGCGGGCAACGGAGGCCUUGGUGGUUCCGAUCCAAAUUUGCCACCCGGAGAUGCCUGGCGCACACAGGCUGGGUUGCUACAGCUGCUUAGCAUGCUUGGCGAUGAGGUAGAUCUCGAACAGAGCGAUGGUGAAGAUGAAUGGGAGAGUAUCAACGAGGAUGAUGAUGAGGAGGAGGAAUAG